AUGGUCGGCAACUCACGAGAAGAUCUCGCAACCGCUCCGGCACCAGCGCACUCGCAGGAGCCAGCGCCUCUGCCCGUGUCCUACGCUCCCGCCGCUGACGAAGCCGUUCAGGUCCAAUCGGUCUCCGUGCCCGCCACCUCCGAUCGCUCAUCUCCUCACCCUUCCCAGAAGCUCGAGCAAGCAGAAGCACCUCGUACUCCUGUCCACGAUCACGAUCGCAAGCAGCAGCGCAGCACUACAACAACAAUGAUCAGCCCGGGGUCAAGGCGCGAACACGCAAUGGACCCAGGUCAAAGGCCACCAGCAGCAUACAACCACCUCACCCCCUCGAAGCCACGCCAUCUGCCAGCCGACGCGCAUCAACACGCACCGACGCUCGCACCGCAACCUCAGCCAGCAUCUUUGCUUGCCACCGACGCCCGAGCUCACAGCACUGCCGACGAUGUGGAUGAGCUUGCCGAAGAAGAAGAAGAAGAAGAAGAAGAAGAAGAAGUUCCAGAAACGUCCAUGACCACAUCGAGCGAGGAUGCGCGCUACAUCGAAAUGCUCAAGCUCCACGACGAGAUCGAAGAACUCGAGUCCGCCAUCGACGGCCUUAGCGACUACUACAAGAUCGUCGACCGACUCGGCGAGGGCACCUUCUCAUCCGUCUACAAGGCCAUCGACGUGCAGCAUUUCUCGUUCGACAACGACGAGUGGGUCACCCGCGGACCGCUCGAUCCCUUCCGCAAGGGCGUCUGCCACGUCGCCCUCAAAAAGAUCUACGUCACUUCGAGUCCACAGCGCAUCUUCAACGAGCUCUCCAUCAUGGAGGAUCUGCGUCCCGCAGAGUACGUCUCCUACCUCAUCACCGCCUUCCGUUCCGAAGACCAGAUCGUCGCCGUCAUGCCCUACUCGCGCCACCGCGACUUCCGCGACUACUAUAAGGAGAUGCCCCUCGGCGACUUCAAGUACUACUUCCGUUGUCUCUUCUCCGCCUUGCACAGCGUACACGACGCCGGCAUCAUGCACCGCGACAUCAAGCCCGCCAACUUUCUCUACGAUCCCUCCACCGGUCACGGCACGCUCUGCGACUUUGGUCUGGCCGAACGCUUCGAGCCCACCGAAUGGCGCGGCAAGUGUCACCACACCUGCCCCACACCACGCCACCCGCACGGAACCAAAGAGAUCAAUCGCGCUGUCGACUCGAUCUAUUUCGAGCCUGGUAAGCCUCUUGCCGGUCGUGUCCCGACCACCGAAGGCUUGAUCUCGGGCAGUCACCACAGCGGGCCUGCAGCGUCCACCAGCGCAGACAGUGUGGGGGGUCCUUCGCGUUCUGGCAUCUCGGCCAUGGACCCGCCUCCGGAGCGGGUGGGCUACCUGCUCAACGAUGCACGUCAACCCGUGCGUGCGAAUCGAGCGGGUACGAGGGGCUUCCGCGCGCCCGAAGUGCUGUUCAAGUGUCAGGACCAGACGGUGGCCAUUGACAUUUGGUCGGCGGGCGUGAUCCUGCUCACGCUGCUCAUCCGACGCUUCCCCGUGUUCAACUCGAACGACGAUGUGGAAGCGCUGCUCGAGAUCGCGGCGAUCUUUGGCAAGGCGCGCAUGGAGACGUGUGCGAUGCUGCACAACCGCACGUUUGUGAGCAACGUGCCCACCAUCCAGCACACGCGCACGCUCACCGACUUUAUCUUUGGCCUCAACCCGCAACUGGCGCAUGCGGACAGCCAUCCGAAUCCGGAGCAGUAUAGGCAGGAUCUGUUGGAUGCGUUGGAUCUGGUCAAGUCGUGUCUGCAUCUCAACUGUACCAGUCGCAAAACCGCCGGCGAGCUUCUAGAGCAUCCGUUCUUGAGGAUCGAUCCCAUGGAGGAAGAGGUGAUGCAGCAGGAACAGGAUUUUGCAGACUACUACCAGGGCGGCGACGAGGUGGUGGGUGCAGGUCAGGAUAUGGCCGAGGAGAAUGAGCUCGGCGAGACCGAGGACGACGAGUAUGCUAGCAGAGAACAGGUUGUACAGUUGCACAGCAGGCGUGGGAAUUCAGCAGAGCCCACGGAUGCACCCAAUACCCCACAACAGCAGCAACAGCAGCACGAUGCAACCGCCACCAUCUCACCAGCGCCUCAGCCUUUGUAA